AUGCUUUAUAUUAACAUCUUGACCCCUGACUGUGUCCCUGACUUUUUCAUCCCGCCCAAGUUCACUCCCCAGCAAACUCUUCAAAGACUGGCCCCGGGUAUGAGUCCGUCCACUGCAGAGCGAGGCCUCAGGGAGUGUUGCACCGCAGUGCCUGAAUGUCGGGGUCACUUGAGCCAUGAGACAGCUCCAGAGGAUGGUUAUGCAGUUGGAGACGACACAGAUUGGGACCCCACAUCCCAGGCUGCCCUGUCACUGCCACAUUUUCCCCGGGCCCACACCCCUUAUGGUUUCUGCCGGUUACUGGAGAGCCCACACACCAGGCGGAAGGAGUCAAUCUUCCAUGACCAGGAAAUCUCCGUUGGGUCAGUGUUCUCCUUUGCCCAGCUCCCCGGUCCUGGUCCUGCAGGCAGCGAACCGGGCACCUCUCCCGAAUCAUCCCCUGCCACUCUAUCCCGGGUGCUGAGCGGCCUCCUCAUUUGGAGCCGGAAGAAGGUGCCGGGCGGCUCAACGAGGAAAGGGCCGCAGAGAUGCAACUCCCUCUCCAGCUCCACGGAUAGCAGCCCAGACCACAGCCCCCGGUCAGCCGGUGCUCCCUUCGCCCCAGGGACAGUGACCCUCGGGCACAGCCUGACCAAGGAGAGCACUGCCGCACUGGGGGACACUGGCAUUUUGCGGCUGCGGACUGAGUAUUGCGGCGGCAGACAGCGGGUCUGGAUCCGCCUGCUGAGUUUGGAGGGUCUGUAUGAGCAGUACACUGAUUGCCAGACCAUUGGCUGCUGCCUGACUCUUGACCUGCAACCGGGCAAAGGUCAGAAGCAGCAAACUGCCAUCGUUCGCAGAAGCAGGAAUCCAAUCUUCAACCAGGACUUCUUCUUCUUUGGAAUCCCUGAGGAAGAGUUGCACUCCAAGUUUUUAAAAAUCAAAGUUAUUAAUAAAGCCUCCAAGUUGAAAAGGGGCUGUAUACUGGGAGUGUGCCAGUUGUGUUUAGCCAGUCUUUUACCACUGUAG